GUCCCCGCCCUCGUGGUCGCCGCCGCCGCGGCCGCCGAAGAGGAGCUGGGGGAGGACGGUGGCCCGCGAGGCUCGUCGCAGACAACGCGGCGGCGAUGUCCGCGAGCCAGGCGAGUGCCGCGGCGGCAGCGGCGGGGCCUGGCUUCGGCCUCGCUCCGGUUCCUGGGCCGCGGGUCAGCGGCCAGCGCGGGAGCAGCAGCAGAGGCGGAGGCGCCAGCUCGUCUCUCUCCUCCCCUUCGGCCUGAGCCGGGGAAGGCCGGGCGGCCCGGGUGGCUGGAGGGGGUCCGCUGCCCGAUAAUGGGAAUUCUCUUCACCCGGAUAUGGAGACUGUUCAAUCACCAGGAGCACAAAGUUAUCAUUGUUGGGCUGGAUAAUGCAGGGAAAACUACCAUCCUUUACCAAUUUUCUAUGAAUGAAGUUGUACAUACAUCUCCUACAAUAGGAAGUAAUGUAGAAGAGAUAGUAAUUAAUAAUACACGUUUCCUAAUGUGGGAUAUUGGUGGCCAAGAAUCUCUUCGUUCUUCAUGGAACACUUACUAUACCAACACAGAGUUCGUAAUAGUUGUUGUGGACAGUACUGACAGAGAAAGGAUUUCUGUAACCAGAGAAGAACUCUAUAAAAUGUUAGCCCAUGAGGACCUAAGGAAAGCUGGAUUGCUGAUUUUUGCUAAUAAACAAGAUGUUAAAGAAUGCAUGACUGUAGCAGAAAUCUCCCAGUUUUUGAAACUAACUUCUAUUAAAGAUCACCAGUGGCAUAUCCAGGCAUGCUGUGCUCUUACUGGCGAGGGAUUAUGCCAAGGCCUUGAAUGGAUGAUGUCACGACUUAAGAUUAGAUGAUCUCUGCUGACCUCUUCUCAUAGACUUUGUAUAAACAAAGUGCUGGACUUCACCUGAAAGCUGCAAAAAUUAAUGGUUUAGAUAUAUUUAUAAUAAACUGAUUUAAACUUUUUUCUAUAAGAAGAAAAAUUAAGACCACUUAUUUGAAACAAAGAUGAAGUCUCAUCUUCCAAUUCUGCUUUCUCAUUAGUUCCUUCCAAAGCAAGGUCUUAAAGCUGUGAUUGACAUUUUUCUCCUAAUGAAUCCUCUCAGGACAUUGUGUAGACUGUGGUAAGUGCAAAGGGAGAGGAAGAUAUUUUUAACUUUAAGAGCUUUAUUACCAGUAUAACCCUCCCUAGUUGAAUGUUCCCUUCUUGUUUCAUUAAGUAAAAGUACAAAUCAGCACAGAUACUCAGUUUCCAAUAUUUUAUAAUGUAAUGUUACUUAUGAAAGUAUUUUCCAUAAAGUUGUGUGUUUGUUGUGUAUAUACCUCAAGUGGAAGUUAAUGGCUUUGAUUUAUGUUCUAAAGAAAAGCAAAUAACACAAAAAUUAAUAGUAUCCUUAGUUAUAACCAUAAUCAGAUGAGUACUGGCAGUGGUGUUAAGUGCCAUUUUGUGCUUUUCCUCAAUGUUCUCUGUGUUACACUAGUCAACUCCCCAAAAUCAUUGAGCCGCUCUUUAUUUAAAAAAAAGAAAAAGGAAAAGGCUUGACAUCAUGUACCUGUUUUUCUGUUGUUGAUCAUAUUACAUACCUAGAAGUAUAUAACCUAAAUGAGUGGAAUAUCUCUCAAGUUCUUGGCUUAGAUUACUAAUGGCCAGAAUUGCACACUGAGCAGUUCCCAGAGUCUUCCCUUUAUUGGACCUGUGCCAUGUAAAUUACUGAGUAAAUUAUUGACCAUUAAUCAGUCAGUCAUUAAUUGUGAUUAAAAUUAUCAACAGGUUUUUUUUGGGCAUUAAUUGAAAACUUAUGUGAAAUUUGUCUACAAGAGAACUAUCACUAUCACCCUAUAAAUAUUACCAAAUAAGUUAGAGUCUUAAAUAUCAUAUUGUAUGUCAAACAUUUAAAGUGAAUUUGAGAUGAAAAGUAAAGCAUGUUUUAUAAGCAACAAAGAUUUCUUAACUUUAGAUUUUCUUAUUUCUUAGGAGUUGGAAUAGCUUGAGAUUUUUUUUCUGUUUUCUCUUACACCAUGUGAAUGCAUUGACAAUUACAAAACAAAUUUUUUUAAUGCUUUUAAUAAUUUGGUUUAAAAAUUGAUCAACAUUUUGGGUGGGUUAUUUUUAUUAAGUCCAAAAUUCUUUUUUAUGUUUGCUUAGGAUAUAUUUUGUCUCAGUAUCUGAAAGUCAAAGAUAUAAAUGUGUUAAAACAUACUCUUGGGUACUCUGUGUAUCUUUCAUGCCCUGAAAAUCUGAAGGCUAAUCCAAACUAGCAUAUCUUAGAAUAUUCAAGGAAAAAAAUAACUACUUUUAAUAACAGCCUUUUCGAUUUCAUGAAGCUUUGAUGAGGAACAAUAGUACGUAGGUAAGCAUUGAUAAAAUUUUGAAAAUUCCUUUCCAUGAAAUACAGUAUCCUCAGUAUCUAAAUCCCAAGUCAGGCCUGGGAAAUUAGUGAUAAAUAUUGGAUAUUUUGUGUUUUAUAUAUAUAUUAUAUUCAAAAUGCAAGUACAGCAUUUUAAUAUUUGUCAACUUUUACAAAAGUAAAUCCUAAAUUAUGAAGCCUUAUUUGUUUCAUAUGUUCUCUUUUUCAAAUCACUUGAAUUAAACUUGUUUAUCUAAAAAACUCCCUUAACCCAAAUCUAUUCAGUAGGUGUUUCAAUUUCAUCAGAGAUAAAUAUUUUGUAAAGUAGCCUAGCAAAUCCGCACCUUUUAUCUUUUUUUAAUCUUUCAACUUGAAUAGUCAUGGUUUAGUCCUUUUGAUUGCUGCCACAGUUUAGCAGUACACCAGCACAUUCCCUUGUCAUCAAGAUGUUGGCUAAAAUUUACUAUUAAUUGGAUUGUUUAAAGCAUGUAGUACAUUGUUACACUUGGUUUAGUAUAGUAGGGUAUGACACACAUGGAGUCAUGAGGAUGCAUGAAAUCUUAUGCCACAUUUACAAAACACGAUUUUUUUGUUAAGUCCUACCUUCCUAGGCUAAGCAUUAGAAACAUGGUGGUACUUAAAUACUUGUGCAUAAAACCAAAAUUACAAUGUGAAAAUUUUUUUAAUUCAUGUAUGAAAACACAUCAAAAUAAUUUAAAUGGUAUUAUUUCUAAUAAGAUGGAGAGUCUCAUCAAUAGUCAUAUUGGCAAUUUAUGUGUAGUUUAGUUGGAAUUAAGAGCAAUGCUUUUAGGUUUAUAAUAUGCUACUUUGGGGUGUAAACAAUCAUCUUAUUUAGGGUCAUUGUGCUCAGCUGUGUAAAGAACAAAGCUUCAUACCUCCAUACAUGUGGCUGGAUUUAAAUAUCCUGUGUUUGAUACUAAUUUUGAAUCCGUGUGGCUUCUCUUGAUACAUUGGUUAAAGUAACAUUAUGUUAUAAGCAUUUAAAUUAUGUUUCAUUUUGUUGUAAGAGCAUUUAUGAAAUCUUACACAUUAUAUUAAGGGUUCUUGUUUGAAAUUCUCAGUUCUCUCUUCUUUGGCUCUCAUAAAUGGGUAAAGAAUACAAUGAAGCAGGUGGUUUGGGAAACUGGGUAGGGAAAUGACAUUUUGCCUUAAGAAUAAAAAAGUGAUUUAGCACUGCUGGCUGGCUUUUUAAUGCAGGUAAAGUGAUUUUAAAAGUGUGGUAUGAAAUGGAAGAGUUUCUGCCUUCUGGCCUUUGAGAAGUGCCUAGUAGGUAAUUAGAGUGAGAUCACAGGGAAGUGCAGGGAGCUUGAGGAAAGGUAGGAAGUCCCUGGGAUGUUCUUUUCUUUUUUGCCUGAGUGUAUAGUGUUAAGAUGCCUAGAAAUGGGAUUCUGUUGUCCCUUCUUUUAUAGGCACUUUACAUUUUGUGCUGAGACUACAGCAACCACAUACAGUACAGACAACCUCAAAAUCUGUUUAUAUUAGUGUAAAUAGAAAAACUGUAGACAACUUUGUAGUUUUCUCUGCAGGCAUUUUUGGGAAUAUAUCUGUAGUGUGUUCUGUUUUGUAUAUAGGGGAGAGCAGCACAUCCCAUAGUAUCUGUGUACUUUGGGGUCAUCUUCUUUCAAUGCCUACUUGCAUCCUGGCUUCAUCUCUGUUUAAGGCUGGGUAGAGACAAAGUUUCUUUGCAUGGCUUAACUUUGACCCCUCCUACUGUCCAAUAUAAUCUGAAACUUCUCGCUUCAGGAUCGGCUUUCCCAUAGCUGAACUAUCUGUUGCACCUUUAUUUUCAUUCACCAUCAAUGAAGAUGUGGUAUCUUGGUCCUGGAGGUAUUCUAAACUUUGCCUGUACCCAUUUUCCCCACACCAGUAGUUUUUAGGUUCUUUAAUUCUUUACUAUCCCCCCACCACUGGCUUAAUUCAUUGAAUGUACUUUGCCCAUUAGAGAGUAUUGUGAAAGUUGUUGAGUACAUCAGAAGACUGGCUUGGUGUGUAUUCAGCACAUAAACGCCAGUAAUAGAAUCCUUUAAUUUAUACUGUAUUUAACAUUUUAAUGCUUCUUCAUUUUAGUGUUGUAUGCUGAAAAGUAGAUUCAGAAAGAUAAGAAAACUACCCAGACUGUCAGCUCCUUGAGCUACUAGAUAGGCAUGGAAGGGAAUAAGUUAUAUGUGUAUUAUCUUCCCAUUACCAAAAAUGAACAAUUUAAGUUGGAUAAGAUGCCAAACCAAACCUAUAUGUAGUAUUUAACCUGAAAACAUCCUUACAUCCUUAAAACCAUAGCCCUCAUUUCAUUUUCCCCCUCAUGUUUACUUAAAAAGCAAUGAUAAAUGUUAGAUGUGUAAAGGAAUUAGUAAUGAGAAACCCAUCUUUACAAAAAUGGACCUGUUGAAAUGGGCUUUAAAAGACAUCAAAAUCGUCAGCCAUCAUGAGUGUGUGCUGUGUAGAUAGACAUAAUAUAGAAAAAUUACUUCUAUAAAGUUCCACUAAUACAAAAAUAAGACUUCUGUAUUAUGCUUCCUCAAAGAAUGGUGAUUAUUUUAAGACCAUAAUGGUGGAGUAAAUGAAAGAAAAAGAAUUAAAAAGCUUUGGAUACUAAAAGUGACUGCUUCAAUUAAACCCUAAAAUUGUGUGUGGAAUUAUGAAGAAAUUGUAACAGGAUGAGUUAAUAUUAUCAAUUGCCUAAUCCUUGUGUAUUGUUCUAAAAACUAAAGUUUAAAUCUUUAUUGUCUUGCCUGCUAGAUAAUGCUGUUCUUUGGUAGAAAAUUCCCCUAGUCUGUACUCAAGAAGUGCCUAAAAUUUAUUUGUGUUGAUUUUUAAGUCCAUUUAAUAAAUGAUAUGUGUUUUCUAUGGUAUUAUAUGUGCUUGGCUUACUGUUGACACAGCUCUAAGGGUUUCUAAGUCACGAUUUGUGCUCUUUUUGAGUAAAAAACCUUGAAAUUGAAAAUACCCGUCAUAACCCUCAACAAACCCUAACUUAAGGAAGCAUGAGCAAAACCAUUUUUCUUUUCUAAUGGAGAUUAUUCUGUAACCUUGACAUUAGUUAAUUCAGAGACGAGACAACUGAACUCUAUUUCUAUUUUUUUAAAUAGUUUUAGUGCACAAAAUUACUGUGUGUUUUAAAAUAGUGAAAAUUAUUGCUUAUAAAAGAGUAACCUCUUAAUUCUCAUACUAAGUGAUUAGUAACUCUUGGUUGUAGCAUUUAUAUCUUGAGCCAUUUCAUGUGUGCAUAUUCCAAAAUCCUUCCUUUUUAUUUCGAUUCUACUUAUAAACCAAAAUAUUUGAUAGAACCCUGUUACAUUCCUCAAAUAAUGCUUCUGUCUUUUUUUCCCCUGACCAUAUUGAGUACCAUAAACUCUGAGAGCAAAGACCUGAUUGUAUUUGCAGCAAUGUGCGGUUACAUUGUUUUCGUAUUGUAAAUCAUCCUGCAUGGACAGUAAAUGUGUAUAUGAUUUUAAAUUAUUGUAGUGUAUACUGUUCUCUUCCCCAAAACUUCUUACAUUGGUGAUAUAUAUAUAUAAUAUUCCUCUAAUUGUUUUUGCUUGAAAUGAGUCCUUUAGAUUGGAGUAGGCUUUGCUUAAAUUACGUCCCUUAAGAUUCCACGAGAGGAAGUGAUACCUGCAGAGCACUUUUACAGAUACUUUCUGGAUUAAUGUUCAAGAUAACACAUGUAGGAAGAAAUUAUAAUGUCUAAAGAGGGCUCCUUUGGUUGCUAGAGAUGAGAAAAAUAUACACUAAUUUUAUGCUUAAAAUACAUUUUACUAAUUGUAUUGGUUUUAAAUAUGACAAAUUCUUCUUACAGCUGUUGAUCUUCCUCGCUAAUUGUAUUUUCCUAAAGAUGCCUAGAUGAAAAUCAGUUCCAACUAGUUUCUUUCUAAAGUCCCCCUCGCAAAUCGAGCUAGCUCUGUGUGUGUUGGCGUAAUUGAAGCUGCAUUUACUACCACAAAGAAAUUAGAAAACCUUUUGAAAAUGUUCAUGUUUGUUGUAUUGGGAUGCCUAAUAUGGUAAAAGGUUUUGACUCAAGCUUUGUAUGCAAGAAGAGGCAGACAAUUUGUCUAACCUCUAUCAUUUUAUGAACUUGUGUUUCUGUGUAUCCUAGGAAAAUUUUACACUCAAGGAACAUUCUAAAAAGUGAGGAUCUUAGAGCACUUGGGUGCUUUUGUAUUUCAUCACUGUUGAUGUUCCAGAUACCUGGGGAAAAAGUGCUGCAGGGUCUUCUUGCCAAGAUAGCUUCCCGGUGACCAGGGGAUAUUGAUGUUUCUGUGGAUGUUGGGAGGGAGUGGUAAAUGGGAGUAGAGACUUCUCCAUUGGUAAAGUAUUCCAAUCAGCUGCUUUGCAGAUGAAUUACUUCAUAAAAUUUGUAACAAUGUUCUUUUGUCCUUAGCUGACUAAAAUGUUAAGCUCCAAAAAUGUAAAGUGUUGGUCAGGUGACCAGUAGCAGGACCUUCUUGUAAUAAAUAAAGGAAUAAUGUUAAGGUAUGUGUGGGGGGAAAUGACAAAUAAGAUUUGACUGGUACAUUUCCAUGUUUGAUAUGUACAUUAAGUUUUAUUUUUUAAGUUGCAUGUUAACCUAGGAUAAAGUGUUGUCUCUGCUUUAUGCUUUGAGUAAAAAGGAAAAACAUGAAUUAAAUUGUUCUCUGGUA